UCUUCCUCUGCGCUGAGCUCUUUGUUGUGAUCAGGACAGAGGACUCUGGGAUGCCUCCAGCCUGCACCCAACUUCCGUAUUCAAUUUUUAUUGCCUGCAGGAGAGGUGGCCAAAGUCUGAGGAGUGCCUGGGGACGGGCUGCCGGCCUCACCGCAUGCUCGGCGCCUCUCGCUUCUCAUGGCCUCCAGGAUGAGAUCUCGGUGAGAGGGGACGAGACGGAUAUGAAUGACCCCACAUGGGCAGAUAAGUCGGGGUGCCCCAGCGAGGAGGAGGAGAAGAUGAGGAGCCCCCAGAACGCGCCGGGCCCCGGUGAGGACGAUGAGUCUUCCUCAGAGAGCUGCAACGGGAACCCCUUUUCUGUAGCCAACCCGUCCGCCGCCCCCACCAGCUCCGCCCUCAACUGCACGCUACCUGACAUGAAUGGGAACCCCCCUGCCCCGGAACUCACCACCACGUCGGAAGAGCAGCCCAUGAACCUCAGUGACAAAGUCCGGCCUUCCCCGGGGGUCCCGCUAUAUCCGUCCGACGCCGAGGCCCUGCGAAGCCGCGGGAAAUACGCCCCGAAAGCCACGUCUGAGUCCCCUCCAUACAGCUCAGGAAGUUACGACUCCAUUAAGACAGAAGUGACAGAAGUCAGCGGCUGCGCAGAGGACCUAUCGGCGGGCAGAGCUGCGGCUGUGGAUGACGAUGACGACGACGACCACGAAGAUAACGACCGCAUCACAGACACGGAGGGGCUGGACCCUGAGCGUCUGAAAGCUUUUAAUAUGUUUGUGCGCCUCUUUGUGGACGAGAACCUGGACCGCAUGGUCCCCAUCUCCAAGCAACCCAAGGAAAAGAUACAGGCCAUCAUCGAGUCGUGCAGCCGCCAGUUCCCAGAAUUCCAAGAACGCGCCAGGAAGCGCAUCCGCACCUACCUGAAGUCCUGCCGGCGCAUGAAGAAGAACGGCAUGGAGAUGGUGAGGCCGGAUGCUCUCAGGGUCUGUGCCAGGCCGACUCCGCCUCAUCUAACCUCAGCCAUGGCGGAGAACAUUCUGGCGGCAGCCUGCGAGAGCGAAUCCAGAAAAGCCGCCAAAAGGAUGAGACUAGAAGUUUAUCAGUCCGCUCAGGAAGAGAAUGUUUCCUUAGAGAAGACUUCCAGCCUCUCACAAUCCACCUACACUCUGCCGGCGACCAACUUUGCCCAGGAUCCCGUCUAUGUGAAUGGAAGUCUUCACUACACUUAUCGCGGUUACGGGUCCGUUGGAGGCAACCUGGCGCCUCCCACCUCACUGCAAACUGGAAACCACUGCAAUGGUCCAACUGAUCUCAGCAUGAAGUCUGUGGCUUCUGGCAGCACCCACUCCAACUCCUCCAACCGGGCAAUGCCGUGCGCCCAGCUCAGCCCCACCGAGAUCGGAGCAGUGCGACAGCUGAUCGCCGGGUAUCGAGAGUCGGCCGCCUUCCUUCUGCGCUCAGCCGAUGAACUGGAGAAUUUAAUAUUGCAGCAGAAUUGACCAGAACCCUCGGGCCCGGACCUCGACCUCUCACUCUACAGACUGAGAGAAGACAGCGAGGUGCCUCCGCCCCCCUCCCCCCUCCUUUUCCCAAGACAGUCGCAGACACUGAACUUGCUCACUGAGCAGGAGCCAUAUUUUAUCUCCCGCUGGGCAAUCGGAAGAACGCUGUCCCUGCGCUUACUGCGCUCUACUGAUAGAACGAGCUCCGCCCAGCGGCGGGAUGGACGUCAAUCACAUAUUUAUUGAGAUAAGGAUUUCUUCUUUUAUUAAUUUAUUUUUCUGAAUUUUUUUUUUUUUCAUUUGUACAAUAUAUUCGUGUUUGUAUGUGUGUAAGUGGACCCAUCAACUAACCAGAGCGAAGUCGUUUUGUAGGCCAGUAGGUGGCAUUUCCAAGAAAAAGGUGCAGCCCCCCCAGGCCCACAUCACGGCCUCUGCUCUGUAAAGGUGACAGGUACACCUUGAAGAACUCUACCAUCCAAUGGUCAUUCCAUCUCUUCCCAGCGUCCAAGGCCGUUUUUGGCUUUGGGCUGGAUCCAUUCCACUACGCCAUUCUUUUUCGAGGUCCACUUCGACAUUCCACCAUAUACAUUGUGAGCACUCCUCUCUAGGAGCAAGGGGGAGGCCAUUUUCUUUACUGUCCUUGUCUCCUUCCCUCGCUCUCUGAGACCUUCCAUCACCUUUUUUGGACCAUACCAUUCCACACUCAAAACAGGUGACGUCACACUAAAUCGGGCUAAGCAACGACUGAAAUACCUCCUUCAUUCCUCUUUCCACCUCUCAUCCACCGGGGCUGCUGAAUCAUGUUAACACACUAACAUUCGCUUAUUGCUGCUAUCGAUCGCCUUUUUUUCAGGUAAAAACUCAGCCGCCCCCCACCCCCUUCCUCUCUUGACCACGAGACCUCUCUUUUUCCUUGCACGUCCGUUCUUACAGGUGUUUUUUGCACAGAACCUAACAAAUACCUUGUUUUUUCAACUGCACACAACUCAGGCGGACAACCGGCUCAAUCCUCAACCUGAACCUUUUUGGUUCGGACCUCACUUUACAGCUCUCUCUCUCUGUCCCGAUGAACCAACCACUGUCUCCGUUUUUUUUGGUCCACCUCAUUUCAGAACAUUCCAUUUGAAGUCGCCAUACCCUCCUCUGCUUGUUAUAUAAUCCAUGUUUUUUUUUUUGUUAAGUGUUUUCUUGUAAAGCCAUUCCUCCUGCUAUCGUCCUUUAUAUUCACAUCAAGUCGAGCACUUUGCAACUAAUCGUUUUUUUUUUUCCCCCUCUAGGGUGAUUCAGGAACUUUGUAGGACUCUAUGUAACUAAGGUAGUCCUCAACUGCAAGCUGCAUUGUGUGCGGUGACUGUGGAUUUACAGCUUUUAGCGGCAUCGCUUCUGUCGGUCGUGUAGCUUUUAUCAUGGCUGUCCUCACGCGGAGGAUACGCCGGUAGCGUGAGUCUCCGCUAAGCACUUGGUGAACCUUUUUUUUUUUUUUUUUUUUACCAGACCGACCUCAUCUUCAAAUCGGUCAGGACUUUCUGUCUUUGUAGGUGGGGUUUGAUGCACUGACAACAGAACAAGACCCGGCAGCCUUUUUAUUUCUUCUUUUUGUAUAAUUUUUUUCGUGGUGCUUUUAAUUCUUUUACUAUUAUUACUUUGUCUUAGCUGAACACACGUUCCUUCCGACAGCUUUAAUUGCGGUGAACGCGUGCGUUUUUUUAAGUUUUUUUUUUUUUGUCAAUUCCAAUUUCGGACUACGAGUGUCCUGUUUACAUAUAUGGAUGCCCCAGCUCUCUUGCAAGGGGACUGGAGGGGGCGCUCCUCUCCAUACUGAAAGCCACAGGUACACCCACCCCCCCCAAUGGCAAACAGCGGCGCCUUUGAAAAGAAGCGCGUGAUUCACUUUACUCCCACUGACUCAGGUAGAAAGGAAGUCACACUUGAUGACUACUGGGUUUACGGACUGGCUUUCGAAAGUUAUGGGAUCCGCCCCCUUUUUAAUCCGCAAAAAGGUUUUGGCCAGGUGAGGCCACGCCCGCGUUGGCUUGGAAUGCAUGGAUUGGCCAAGUUACGGUCUACCUAUGACUAUAUAGUGUGAGGGCCCACCUGAUUGGAUAUAUAACCUCACACCACACAAAGACUAAGCUACACUGGCAGUUUUAAUUGAGCGUGUUCCAUUGGAAAGCUUUAAAAUUAUGAGAUUAAAAAUCUAAUGUACGGGAUGUGCUAUCGGUGUCGGCUAAGGGUGGUCUUCUGGAUGAUACCUCCACACUAGCAUGAGCCUGUCACCUGGCACACAAAUACUGCAUCAUCUUGUAGAAUGAAGAUAUCACUUCUCAUCCUGUGACAAUAGUAGCUGGGGUGGGUACACUCAUGGCAGCAGAUGGGGGAAGACCUCUUCCUCAGGGUCUUGGGUGGCUAUGGAGGGUUCCACCAAACACUUGGAAAGAGGUUUUGGAUGGAAUUUUUCUGCUAUAUUGUGGACGGGUUGACUUUAAGGGGGUGUCAUCAUUAGUCUCUAGGGUUGUAGUGCAUUUCAUUGCUGGAUAGGGGUACAGGUGACUGAGGCGCACCUAAGAUCAGUGCCGGGUGGGGGUACACCCAAAACAUUCCACAGCAAUCAAAGUCCAUCCAGCAUUGGUGGGAGUGGGUGAAGACACCAGUGUAGAGCCAAGUUCACAGUUCUGCCCCCCACCCGAAACAUCCCACAGCAAUCAAAGUCCAUCCAGCAUUGGUGGGAGUGGGUGAAGACACCAGUGUAGAGCCAAGUUCCCAGUUCUGCCCCCCACCCAAAACUUUCCACAGUAAUCAAAGUCCAUCUAGCAUUGGUGGGAGUGGGUGAAGACACCAGUGUAGACCAAAGUUCCUAGCUCUAACCCCCCACCACCACCACCAGUCAUUUCCAUGGGUUCCAACUGGGUAGACUUUCGGAUGGACUUUUUUCUCCUAUAUUGUGUGAAGAUUGGCUUUAAAAGGGUGUCAUCCUAGCAUUGUAGUGCAUUUCAGUGCCGGGUAGGGGUACAGGUGACUGACGGCACCUAAAAUCGGUUCUGGGUGGGGGUACACUCAGCAGUCAAAGCCCAUCCAGCAUUGGUAAUGAGUGAAGGCACCAGUGUGGACCUAAGCCCUCUCCCCCCACCUAAAACAUCUCACGGCAUUCAAAGCCCAUCCAGCAUGAAAGUUAGUGAGGACACCAGUGUAAACCCAAGUUCCUAGCUCUGAACCCCCCAAAAACAUCCCACAGCAAUCAAAGUCCCAUCCAGCAUUGGUGGGAGUGGGUGAAGAUACCAGUGUAGAGCCAAGUUCCCAGUUCUGUCCCCCGCCCUAUCUACCACACAAAACAUCCCUCAGCACCCAAAGCCCAUUGGUGGAAAUGAGUGAAGGCACCAGUGUAGAGCCAAGUUCCCAGCUCUGCUCCUCUACCCAAAACAUCCCACGGCAUUCAAAGUCCUUCCAGCAUUGGUAGGAGUGGGUGAAGGCCCAGUGUAGAUCCAAGUUCCUAGCUCUUAACCUCACCCCCCCCCCUUUCCUUACACACACACCAGUAAUUUCCUUGGGUUUCAAUGGGGUUUUUAACAGAUUUACUUUCGGGUGGACUUUUUUCUCCUAUAUUGUGUGAAGGUUGGCUUUAAGGGUAUGUCAUCACUAGUCUCUAGCAUUGUAGUGAAUUUCAGUGCCGGGUAGAGGUGCAGGUGAUUGGCGAUCACUUAAAGUCGGUGUUGGUUGGGGGUACACCCAAAACAUCAUCCCACGGCAUCCAAAGUCCAUCCAGCACUGGUGGGAGUGGGGAAAGACACCAGUGUAGACCCAAGUUCCCAGCUCCCCCCCCCCCCAAACAUACACACUAGUAAUUUCAAUGGGUUCCAGUAGGGUUUUAGGGCAGACCUGUAUUCUCUGGGAUAGGUAGAAAGGCUGAAAUAUCUACCUUUCCUGGUGGCUACCUUCAGCGCGUGGACUUGGUCAUAUGAUCUUCGCUGUAGGGUAUAACCAGCCAAUCUGAAUUCUACAGAAAAUAAAAAAAAUAAGCACAACGGGGAUAUCAGCAAACGGUUGUCCUUUUAUUAAUCAUGGUGGAUAAAAGCCAUAAGAAAUUCCAGCACGUUUCGUCCGCUUAACGUCCAAGCAGCCAAAAUGCAUUGGGAUUUCUCAUGGCUGUUAUCCACCAUGUUUAAUAAAGGAUGACCAUUUGCUGAUAUUACCGUAGUGCCGGCUCUUUUCUGACGAUUGUACAUUAUUGGAAGUUUACAAAGACCUUCCAGCCAAAGCUGGAGCUUUUUAGAGCUUUUUAGCUUCAAUCUGGAAACUGAUCCUCCCUUGUGGCAGGAGGUCACAUGACCAAGUUGCUUAAGAGACCUGUGGUCAGCACUGCUGGGAGCGCAGCAUUUUCCCCAGUCAAUAUUUCAGUUCUGGGAUUUUUGUUCCAUGGAUGCUAAAUUGUGAUUCCAGCUGAAGGAGAAUGCCUGUGGGUAACUCCGCUAAAAACAAUAGAUAACACGUAUAUACGAGUUGUUGGUGCUCCUCCCCCCCCCCCUGAUUUGUAGAAUUGAAUGGAAGAUCCCUCAAGAGUUUUUUUUUUAGCAGCGAGAUUGUAUUCGAAACAAGUAACAAUUAAUUUCUAUAAAAUUUUGUAUUUAUUUAACGUAUCACAAUAUCAAGAAAAUGUAUAAGCAUGGAUACAUAGGAGUCGUAAAAAGUCGUAAAAAGCAAUUCUGGUCAUGACAUAAAAAAAAACCCACAGAACUCAUCAGCAGUGGGAAAAAUACACAUGAAUUCAAAUUGUAAGAUGUGAAAUUUCACAUAAUAUCCCUACGCGUUUCGACCUGUUUGGUUAACGGUCUUCUUCAGGAGAAUUUAUUCUAUGCGAGAAAGAUUUGUGGAUUAUACUGUCUAUAAAUACUCCGCUAUAAAGUGUCUGCUCAUAUAAAGUGGCUGCUCAUAUCUGUCAGCUCUGAGGUUUUCUUUGUAAGCCUCUAAAGAGAACCUGUGAAUUUUUUGUUAUUAUAUACCCGUCUUAAUUAAAACCGCCUCUGUAGCUCAGUUUGAUGCCACUUCAGAAGGCCUCAUUCCUUUGCACUGCCGUGCCGUUCCCGCCACCUCCCUGCACUCCGUAGCCCCUCUUCCUUUUCUUUGCACUCCUAAAGAGCCCCCCCCCCCCCCAAAAAAAAACUACAGCUGCACUUGGUUCUUAUAAGCAAAUGAGGCAAAUUCAAGAAAAAAAACUAAAAAAAAAAACGUAAUAUAUAUAAUAUAUUAAAGAAUGAUAUUUAUUGUCCUCAUGCUUUCUUUUAUCGGUAAAUGUGAUUUUUAAUUAUUAUAAUUUGUAGAAUGUUUUUUUAUUCUCUUUUAUCCUAUAGGAUGUGAUGUGUUUAGCAGACAGAUUCCCCUUGUUCCUCUUUUUACAGACACUACCAGGCGCUCUAUGACACAUACAAAUAAAAAAAAAAGGAAAAAACCCAAAUGGUGUUAUUAUUAAAAAAAAAAAAAACGCAAAAGUGCACUGACUUGCCACAAAGUGGAAUUUUUGUUUUAUUUUUAUUUCCCUUUUUAAUAUGUAUGUCAUAUGUAAAAGGCUAACUAAUGAUUAAACGCCCACCGCAUAAUAAAACUAUACCACCUUUCA